GCAUUUACGAAGAUCUGUCCAAAUAGACAUUAAUACGGUUGUUUUGAUCCCUGACAAAUUUUCGUUGAAAGAAAACGAAUGUGAACGGAUAAAAAGUUAAGCACUAAUGCGAGCUGUGCGUGGCUGAGGCAAGCCAUAUGUUUAACGCGGAAUUUGCAUUUAUUCGGUGGAUAGAUUUCACGUGUCUUUCGUCACAAAUUAUGACUCAUAAAACUAGGCGUACAGCCGGUUCGCAUUAUUCACCGUACACAACAAGCAAAGAUCCUGCGAGAGCAUUCGUGAUAUGGGACAGUUGCACGACGUAAUUAUGAGCGUUACUCCUCGUGUAGAGUAUGAUGAAGAGAGUGAUAACGGCCUGGUAGUCUGCGACAGAUACGUACCAGCCGAAUUGUUGGCGGAGAUCUUCUGUCACAUAGAUCACAAGACUCUGUUGAAUUGUCAAUUAGUUUGCAAGCGCUGGAAGGUGCUGAUACAGAGUUAUGUCUGGCGCAAGAAGGCAGAAAUGACACUGGGCAAAUCAUUUCCUCGGCAUGAGCAAGUACCUUGGGAGAUGUUCUACCUCAUAUGCAAAAAGAAGCCAUUCGAGAGGAACUUGCUGAAGAACCAUUCCGGAGAGCAUGGCAAGAAGCAUUGGCAUGUUGUUCACGAGGGCGGUGACUGUUGGGCAAUCGAGAGACCACCAGCUGGUGUACCAGAUUUACCACUGACUGAGCCUGUGUUUGAGGGAAAACAGAUCUGCUUCACAACAUCUUAUUACAACUGUAUUAAAACACAGAUUGUAGAUUUGGUAGCCGAGGGAUUGCAUCCAUAUGUUUUGGAUGUUUUACAACCACCUAUAGCGGUGAGUGAAUACUAUAGCGCUAGGUGGGACUGCCCAGCGGUAUACGAAUGUCAAGUUAAAUUGUUGGGAAUUGGAGACGACACCAACAGAAACGUAAAAACAUUAGACGAAUUUAAAUUUCAAGAAAACUUGAUAGGUGAUAAGCAGAACCAAUGGUUACAAGUUUCACAUGUGUUUGAAAACUAUGGAGAAGGCCUUAGAAAGAUUAGCUUCAUGCAUGGUGGAAUGGACCAGUCAUUUUGGGCAGGACAUUAUGGCAGCAAAAUGGCUGGGGCAUGUAUUUGUAUAAAAGUUCCUCCAGUUCGGUAUAGCUACGACGAUGAGUCAGAUACACAAGAUGAAUAAAAUUUAUUUUAUUAUAAAGUUAUACUAUUUCUAAAAACAAAUUUUUAUAAAUGAUGUAUUUAAAAG